GCCAAGCAUGGCGAUAAUGGCAGCUAACGCUCUACUCUCCCUCUCCAUAUGCUUCAUCUCUUUCAUGUUUCUCUCCAUCCAAACAGUGGUUUCUUCAUCAACAGAUUCAUUCGUCUUUGGAGGUUGUUCUCAACAAAAAUACACACCCAACUCACCCUUCGAGUCCAAUCUCAACUCACUAUUCACUUCCCUAGUUAACUCAGCCACUUACUCCACCUACAACACCUACACCAUCAUAGGCUCAAGUCCCCAAGACGUUGUUUACGGCCUUUACCAAUGCCGCGGCGACCUUUCUAUGCCGGAUUGCGCCACCUGCGUCGCCCGUGCAAUCACCAAAGCUGGCUCCUAUUGCCCGUCCGCAUGCGGUGGCGCGGUUCAGCUGCAAGGUUGCUACGUCAAGUACGACAACGCUACCUUCCUAGGAGUCCAGGAUAAGAACGUGGUGUUCAAGAAGUGUGGGCCGUCGGUGGAGUACGACAAGGAAUCGGAGAUCGUGGGCCGUCGAGAUGCGGUGAUGAAUGGGUUGAUGAACGGCGGUGGGUCAUUCAGAGUGGGCGGGUCAGGGGAUGUCCAGGGUUUGGCUCAAUGCGUGGGGGACCUUAACGCUGACGAUUGUCGGGAUUGUUUAUCGGAAGCAAUCGGACGGUUGAAAACAGAAUGUAGAGCAGCGGCGUACGGCGAUUUGUACUUGGGCAAGUGUUAUGCUAGGUUCUCCACUUUUGGGGCCUGGGAUAAUUUAGCUAAAAGACAUAAUUCGCCAUUUUCAUUGGUUUUUUGGCUGCUAAUGCCAUUGUUGUCUUCCUCAUUUUUUUUGCUUCCUUAACAAAGGUGGUGGACUGAAAUGGUAAAACACUAAACUUUUUACUUUUGGCUAAAAUCAUAAGAA